UCUUCUCAUCAGCUCUCUGAUUACAAGGCUUCUCCCACAAACGAAUUAGCAAUAAAAACUCAGUUAAUUAAUAAGAUGAGGACAUGCGUAGAAGUCGUGUGUGCCAUAAUUCUUCCACCAGUUGGCGUCAUCAUUCGCUAUGGCUGUGCGGUGGAGUUUUGGAUUGCCUUAUUGCUGACGCUAUUUGGGUAUAUACCAGGAAUUAUAUAUGCACUUUAUGUCAUAUUACGAGAAACUUCCUAAUUAUUUAAGUUUAUAUUACAUCUUUAAUUAGUGAUCAAUUUGUGUAAUGUGUGAUCUGAUGGACAUAUUUUAAGAUAUAAAUCUUCAUUUUUGUUAAA